CUGGGCUGUCGGAGAAGCGGGGCGAGGCUCGACUCCAGGAAGGGCCGAGCGGAGGAGUGGCUGGAGAGAAAAAGAGAGAGAGAGAGAGAAGGAAAGAGAGAAAGAGAGAGAGAGAAAGAGAGACAGAAGGAGAAGCACCGGAUCAAACUCCGCCGUCCCGCCGAGCAGCAAAGCAGCCACCGCCGCCCCCGCCGCACCGGGAAGCGCCCCUGCCUCGCCUCCUCCUCCUCGCCCGCCGCCCGCCCGCCCGCCCGCCCGCUCGCCCGGCGCGAUGCCGGUCAAAGGAGGCACCAAGUGCAUCAAAUACCUGCUCUUCGGCUUCAACUUCGUCUUCUGGCUUGCCGGCACAGCCGUCCUGGGAAUUGGACUAUGGCUUCGUUUUGAUUCACAGACCAAGGAUAUCUUCCAGUCGGAUGAAAACAAUACGAAAUUCUAUACAGGGAUUUACAUUCUCAUUGGUGCUGGCGCCCUCAUAAUGCUGGUCGGCUUCUUGGGAUGCUGUGGAGCGAUACAGGAGUCCCAGUGUAUGCUUGGCUUGUUUUUCACCUUCCUUCUCGUGAUUUUUGCUCUUGAAGUCGGCGCUGCCAUCUGGGGAUUUGCCAACAAAGAAAAGAUCCCUGAAGAAAUAAAGGAAUUUUACAUGACCUUGUAUGACAAGAGAAGGGACCCCAAGGUGAAAGCCAGCCUGAAAGCCUUCCACCUGGCCUUGAAUUGCUGUGGUCCUGUUGGUGUUCCGGAACCUGAUUAUCAAGAUACCUGCCCUGAAAACCCCAUGCCGUGCCCAAAAGCCAUUGAAGACUUCUUCAAAAACAAGCUGAAUGUGAUUGCAGCCGUCGGCAUUGCCGUGGCGGUGGUGAUGGUAAGUUAGGGCCGUUGCAUACUGUUCGGAUCCUGGCUAAUGACAAAUAGGGUGUUUUGUUUUAUAAA